CACUUGCCAAAUAACUCGUGCACGUAUCAACGGAAAAUCAAGCGGCAUCUAAUCCUCCAACUCAUUUCCACUGAUUCAUUAUUUUGAAACGUAAACGCAACUCACUCGACAGUUGACUCAUAUGAUACCUCCUCCAGUCAAGUUUGCGCGUGUUCAGUAUCUUCUGUCAAACUGGGCGAUACGGAUGCUCUGGAGCCGCUCGUGUGAUUAUUCCCGUUGAUCUUUCAUUCGGACCCAAUAAUUAUAGUUAAUUGAUUCUCAAUUGAUUGUUCGAAAAAUUUAUUUGCAGAAUUGUUGGAAGUUGGGGCUUUAUAUUGAUUUUUGUCUCGCGGAUUUUUGGGUUCUUUUUGCCAAUUUGUUGGUGGAACGCGGGGAGGCGCAGGGGAAUUACAUCGCAAUCAGACUACUCAACACGUUGGUUGUGCGUGCGAUUGUCCAGUGACUCUCAAGUGGUGAUAAUCGGACAGGGGCUCUCACUACGCUCUACGGAAUCAGCUGUUCGUCGCAUUGAGAAUAAAAAUGGACGAUCCAGUGGUCAACGGAGUCCAAAAGCCGAACGGAACUCAACUGUUUUACGAACUGGAGCACGAGAACGACGGUGACAGCUCGAAUAACCCUGGACAUACGACCGAUCAACGUGACCGAAGUGAAAGCCCAGUGUUUGACGGAGCAAAUGGAGCAGCAGGCAACUCAAUGCGAAUAGCGCCCUCCGAGCUACCGAAUGAGAUAUCAGCCCCCUACGAAGUCCCUCAGUUUCCCAUAGAGCAAAUCGAGAAGAAGCUCCUCAUCCAGCGUCAACUCACCGUAAAAGCUGCAAAAGAUCUUGAAGAACGUAGGAGUCAUUAUGAGCCAUCAAUCGGUCCAGAUGAGAUAGAGCAUCCCUUUAAUCUGGAGGAGAGUGACUUUGUGCCGCAUUUCCAGAGGGUUUCAAUAUCGGGGGAGGACACGUCAGGGGUCCCCUUGGAGGAUCUGCAGAGAGCCUCGCAGAUGCUCGUUCAAGCCCUGGACAUUCGUGAACAGUACAUGAACAAUUCGAGACAAACUUUUCCAUCAAUAGCAGCAAGAUUCCUGAGAAGUGUCGAUAAACGUCCCAUGAAUAUUGAAGACGAGGUGCAGCACGACGAUCGCAUGGCAAUAGCAGAUCACCCAGUGCAUGCGCCAGCAUCGAGAGACCCUUGGGCCUGUGAAAUUCCCCCAGCCAAGAAUUACAAAAUAGCACCGGUUAAUGGUGUAUUCAACCUGUUUGCCACCGAGGAGGACUACCAGAAUGGCAAACCCAUGCCAUAUGCAUACCCCGACCUUGCGACCUUCGUCAGAGACAUGAAUCUCCUUUGUUCUAUGAUAGCUGAUGGUCCCCUCAAGUCCUUCUGCUACAGGCGAUUGAGUUACCUGUCAUCCAAGUUUCAACUACACGUGUUGUUGAAUGAAUUGAGGGAGCUCGCUAGUCAGAAAGCAGUGCCACACAGAGACUUCUAUAAUAUCCGAAAGGUCGACACUCACAUUCACGCAGCCUCUUGCAUGAACCAAAAACACCUUCUGAGAUUCAUAAAGAAGACCCUGAAGAACCACGCUGAUGAAGUGGUUACUUGCUCCAAGAGUGGAGAAAUGAUGACCCUCAGACAAGUGUUUCAGUCCAUGAAUCUUACUACUUACGACCUCAGUGUCGACAUGCUCGACGUUCAUGCAGACAGAAAUACGUUCCACAGAUUCGACAAAUUCAACGCUAAAUACAACCCCAUCGGCGAGUCUCGUCUCCGCGAGGUGUUCUUAAAAACCGACAACUACCUGGAGGGAAAGUACUUCGCCCGAAUAAUAAACGAGGUAUCGUCGGACCUAGAGGAGUCCAAGUACCAGAACGCAGAGUUGCGUCUGUCGAUCUACGGAAAGAGUGCAGACGAGUGGGACAAGCUGGCCCGUUGGGCAAUAAACGGAAACGUCUACUCGGACAACGUCCGCUGGUUGAUCCAGAUCCCCCGUCUCUACGACAUCUUCAAACUCAAUAAACUGAUGACGAAUUUCCAGGAGAUCAUCAACAACAUCUUCCUCCCCCUCUUCGAGGUGACGAACGAUCCCACCACUCACCCAGAGCUCCACAAAUUCCUCCCCUACGUCAUCGGUUUCGAUUCAGUGGACGACGAGAGCAAACCAGAGAACCCUCUCUUCGAUAAGGACGUGGCACCCCCCCAGGACUGGAAUGACGUGGAGAAUCCACCCUACGGCUACUACCAGUACUACACAUACGCCAAUAUGACGGUUUUGAACCACUUCAGGGCUGAACAGGGUCUCAAUACGUUUGUUCUUCGCCCCCAUUGUGGAGAGGCUGGGCCCAUUCAGCAUUUGGUCUGUGGGUUUAUGAUGGCUGAGAACAUCUCUCACGGGCUUUUACUGAGGAAAGUCCCUGUACUUCAGUAUCUCUAUUAUCUGGCGCAGAUUGGAAUUGCGAUGUCACCGCUCAGCAACAACUCCCUGUUUCUUAAUUAUCAUAGGAAUCCUCUGCCUGAGUAUCUGGCCAGGGGCCUCUGCAUCAGCCUUUCUACUGAUGAUCCUCUGCAGUUUCAUUUCACUAAGGAACCUCUGAUGGAGGAGUACAGCAUCGCCGCGCAGGUGUGGAAGUUGAGCUCAUGUGAUAUGUGCGAGUUGGCGAGGAACUCUGUCCUAAUGAGUGGAUUUCCCCACAAGAGCAAGCAGUACUGGUUGGGCCCCAACUACACGAAAGAAGGAGUGGCAGGCAACGACAUCACCCGAACAAAUGUCCCCGACAUUCGAGUGUCCUACCGCUACGAGACCCUCCUUGAUGAGCUAUCCAACAUCUUCAAAGUCGUCGAGAAGCCAGAAAUGUACACAAACAGUGCAUAAAACAUUUUUUACACCCCCCCAAAUCCUCGCGAAUUUUCCCUCAUUUUUUAAUUCGAGAAAACAACUUUUGAAACUUUAUACUCAAGAACUCGGCAACAACAACGAAGAAAACACCCCUUGUUAACAAGUUUAAUACUUGUUUGUCUGUUGGUAAUUAUAAAGAGCUUCUCGAACUCGAUUUUCCAUUCACCAAUGGGGAAAGAUGUUCUGAUUUUCUCGUGAAUUCAGAAAUUAAAUCUGCGAGUCUUGAAUCAUGUCCCUUGUACCAUAGAACAUUUUGUACAUAAGUUUUGCUGGCAAUUAUUCAGCUGAUUCUUUAGUUCUCCUCUCCUUCAGUGCCAGAUUCAACUUUAUCGUUAUUGUUUUUUUAUUAUAUUUUUGUAUGUUUAUACUGCGAGCUGAGUUUAACAAUCGUGUGGAGUCUUGAUUUGAAUCUCGGAUCAUUUCGAGUUUAUUUUUACAGAUUUAAUUUAGGUAAUUGUUGCUUAAGGGGAGCUGAUAAGCUCAAUAUUUCAGAUUUAAUGUAAAAAAAUGAAGAAAAUUUAGGUUUUUAUUUUGUUUUAUUUAUGGAAUUUUCAGGAGUGUCCUCAUGAUGCAAUUCUCAAUCAUUAACUGAAAUUUUGGUUUACACGACGGAAUAUUUGCAUAAAUAUAAUUAAAUGAGGCUUUUUAAAAAUCGUAAUUUUUGAGGUUUUGUAUUUUUUUUUCAAUUGUUGCAAAUUAAAAAAAAAUCAUUUUGUUGCGUGUAUAGAUAUUAUGUCCGUAUGGAGUAAAAUGUGAGUCAAUUGGUUGAGAAUUGCGGGCUGAGGAUACUUUUGAAGAUUUGAUUCCUCUGGAAAAAUAAAAACCUAAUUUUUUUCUUAUUUUUGUACAUUAAAAGUGAAUUAUCAUCAUUCCCCUUGAAAAAUGGACGGAAAAUUGGCCUCAGCUGUCCAAUUAAGUUGAAAAACAGAAGAUCUUUAGUGCAUCAACAUUUUUUCUUCUGAUCUUUCCGAGUAAUAAAGAAACUCCUAAAGUUUUUCCUAAAAAACGAAACGUUGAAUUCACAACGAAGAAAUCUUUGUUUUUCAUUAGAUUCUACUAUCGAAUUUUUUAAAUUGCUGACGUCAAUUAGCUGUCAUUUAUGUAGAUUAUUAUGUUUCAAUGUCUGUCGAUAAUCAUGUGAUGGUGGAGUACAUUUAAGGAUUAUUGAGACAAUUAUAUCUCUGUUCAUCCUGCCAGCAAAUGCAUCAACAAUAUUUAACGGCGAUUUAAUGGAUUGGGGGCUGGAGAUGUCUGAUGACCCAAUUUAUUCCAUUCUGUUGAGCAUUUUAUUGUCUCGGGAAUGGGGAAUUCCAGAGGGUCAUGUUGGAGCACAUUUUCUUCUAAGACUUGUUGGUGAAAUAAUUUCACGAUUAACGAAGAUGUUUGACUUAUGGAAUGAGUUUUUUUUAUUGUUUUCUUAAUUGUUAUAAUUAUCUUGAGAAUGAUUAGGUUGAAGAGAAAGUGCCACGUUUUUUGUGAAUUUUGUCAUUUUUCAAGUUGAUUUCUCUCAUUUUUUUAAUUUUUACAUUUACGUACAUUUUGUUAAUUCUUUAAUUAUCUCUAGAUAGAGUCACUUUAGAAGAAAAUGUGAAAAAAAAUGUUUUGUAGAGAAUAUUCUCAGCCACAAAAAAUUCCAUUGACAUUUUUCUCUACAAUCAGUCAUUCCCGAGAUAAUUACGAAAUUACCAGGUGCCUCAUUUGACUCAUUGAAUAAGUGGAAUCUUCAAUUUGUUUUAUCAUGUAUUUAUCUUUGGAAUGAGUAAAAAAAAUUAUCUCUUGAUUUUUUAUAAAACCACUAAUUACCGAGAUAAUUUCACAAUUAACGAAGAUGUCUUAUCUACGGAAUGUAUAUUUUUAUCAUUCUGAUAUUUUUCUAAUUACCUUGAAAAUGAUUAGGUUUAGUAGAAAGUGUCACGUUUUUGUGGAGAAUUUUCUCAGCUACAAACAAUGUAUUCCGUCAUUUUUCCAGUCAAUUUCUCUCAUUUUUUUCAUUUUUACAUUUACGUAUAUUUUGUUAAUUCUUUAAUUAUCUCUAGAAUGAGUCAAUUUAGGAGAAAAUGUCAGAAAACAUUUUUUGUUCCUGAGAAAAUUCCCUACAAAAAAUGUCUUCUACAACCAGUCAUUACCGAGAUAAUUACGAAAUUAACAGGUGUUAAACCCAACUAAUUGAAUAAGUGUAAUUUUCAUUUCUUUUAUCACGUAAUUAUCUCAGGAGCGACUAAUUUUAGAAGAAAAUGUGCUUAACAUUUUGGGAUGAACCCCAUCCCCAAGAUAAUUACAAAAUCCUAAAAAAUGUAAAAUGGACUCAUUCAACAAAUGAAUUCCCAAAUCAACGAAUAAAUCCUUACCCAAAAAAUGUGAUUUUUCCAUUGAAAUUAAUAUAGAAAUUAACAGCAGAAACAGUUAGACAAAGGAAAUGUAUUUAUUGUAUAAACUAUAUUCUAGCAAGAA